AUGAAUCUUGGCUCCAAAGACAAUUAUUUACCAUCAGAGAAGGCCAAAAAAGUCAGUGAUGAGAGAAUUGCUAAAGUUUUGAGAGCGUCUUCAACAAAGAAACAAAUGAAUAAAUCGUCAACGCCGACUAACACCAGCAAUUCAAUCAAUUCCUUCGAUGGUACUCAUCCGGUUAGGUCGCCAGAUUCUACUACAAUUACUGAUUUCGAUAAGGAAUUACCACAAAGAAAACCCUCCACGCCUACACCUGCUUAUCGAACUGCUAACAGUCAUGGGCACUUCAUUGAUGUGAGGGAUGAUGAAGAUUCAAACGCAACCACCACUUUCCAUAAUCGACAGUCGAGUCUUGGUAAUGAAAGUCCAGACUCAAAUAUGGAUUUUGAUCUUGAUUAUAAACCAGUAUUGAAGGAUAAAUACAGCCCGUUACCGUCAAGAAGAUAUAAAUCUCUAAAUGUGGGAGACAUAUCAAUGAAAGGAGAACAUUCGAACAAUUUUACACACCCGAAGCAACGUAUCAGACCUCAAAAACCUAGCAGGAAGAUAUCGAUACGGAAAUCCCUGGGGGACCCAUUACCUCUACCGUAUCUUCAAGAGGAAAAGCCAUCGGCUAAAGAAGUAAAUAAUGUCUCUCACUUAUCUACGAGGGAGAAUAGCAUAAGUAAAAUAAAGCCUCUUGAUGAAAAGGAAAUAAACCGAAAGAGAAAAGAGUUGACAUCUAAAUGGCGAAAAUAUUUGUCUGCCAAUAGAAUGCCAGAUCCACUUACGUCAAAGGUAAGGGUAUCUUUGUCCUCAUCAGAAGGCACUCCAGAUGUAAGUGCAAAGGAUACCACAAACAAAAUGAUGAACGAAGGCGUUCAGUCUUAUUAA